GGAGUGACAGACAGCUUCCGGGAUGUGGCGGGCCCUUUGUCUCUCACAGCAGCCGGAGCUCCAGGUCCGGUCUUCACUCCUCUGGUUCUCCGCUCCUAGAAACCCAGCCUCUGUGGUCCCGUCACCUGCAGGCAUUGGGAGAUCCACAGCUAAGAUGCCGGGAUCCCCUGGAAGCCUAGAAAUGGGGUCGUUGACAUUUAGGGAUGUGGCCAUAGAAUUCUCUCUGGAGGAGUGGCAAUGCCUGGACACUGCUCAGCAAGAUUUGUAUAGAAAAGUGAUGUUAGAGAACUAUGCAAACCUGGCUUUCUUAGCAGGUAUUGCUGUCUCUAAGGCAGAUUUGAUCACCUGUCUGCAGCAAGAAAAAGAUCCCUGGAAUGUGAAGAGACACAGUAUGGCAGCCACACCCCCAGUUCUGUGUUCUCAUUUUGGCCAAGACCUUUGGCCAAGACCAGGAAUAAAAGAUUCUUUUCAAAAAGUGGUACUGAGAGAAUAUGAAAAAUGUGGACAUAAGGAUUUACAGUUAAGAAAAGGCUGUAAAAGUGUGAAGAAGUUUAAUGUGCACAAAGCAGGUUAUAAUGAACUAAACCAGUGUUUGACAGCUAACAGAAGCAAAAUAUUUCAAUGUGAUGAAUAUGUGAAAGUCUUUCUUAAAUUGCUAAAUUCAAAUAGACAUAAGACAAGACAUAUUGGAAAGAAACCUUUCAAAUGUAAAAAAUGUGGCAAAUCAUUUUGUAUGCUUUUACACCUAAGUCAACAUAAAAGAAUUCAUAUUAGAGAGAAUUCUUACCAAUGUGAAGAAUGUGGAAAAGGUUUCAAGCAUUUCUCAAGUCUUAGUAGACACAGGAUAAUUCAUACUGGAGAGAAACUCUACAAAUGUGAGGAAUGUGGAAAAGCUUUUAAGAAUUCCUCAACUCUUAGUAGACAUAAGAUAAUUCAUACUGGAGAGAAACUCUACAAAUGUGAACAAUGUGGAAAAGCUUUUAACCAGUCCUCAAACCUUAGUAAACAUAAGAUAAUUCAUACUGGAGUGAAACCUUACAAAUGUGAAGAAUAUGGCAAAGCUUUUAAACAGUCCUUAAACCUUAUUAAUCAUAAGAAAUUUUAUAUUGGAGAGAAACCCUACAAACGUGAAGAAUGUGGCAAAGCCGUUAGUGUAUUCUCAACCCUUACUACACAUAAGAUAAUUCAUACUAAAGAAAAACCCUAUAAAUGUGAAGAAUGUGGCAAAGGCUUUAUCCUAUCCUCAUACCUUACUAGACAUAAGAUAAUUCAUACAGGAGAGAAACCCUAUAAAUGUGAAGAAUGUGGCAAAGCCUUUUCCUGGGUCUCAGCCCUUCAUACACAUAAGAGAGUUCAUACUGCGGAGAAAUUUUACAAAUGUGAAGAAUGUGGAAAAGCUUUUAAGGAUUCCUCAACUCUUAAUAGACAUAAAAUAAUGCAUACAGGAGAGAAACCCUACAAAUGUGAAGAAUGUGGCAAAACCUUUUCCUGGGUCUCAGCCCUUCGUACACACAGGAGAGUUCAUACUGCAGAGAAAUUUUACAAAUGUAAAGAAUGUGGAAAAGCUUUUAAGGAUUCCUCAACUCUUAGUAGACAUAAAAAAAUUCAUACUGGAGAGAAAUUCUACAAAUGUGAAGAAUGUGGAAGAGCUUUUAAUCGGUCCUCACACCUUACUAAACAUAAGAUAAUUCAUACUGAAGAGAAACCUUAUAAAUGUGAAGAAUGUGGGAAAGCUUUUAAACAGUCAUUAAAUCUCACUAAUCAUAAGAAAUUUCAUACAGGAGAGAAACCCUACAAAUGUGAAGAAUGUGGCAAAGCCUUUACCCUAUCUUCAUACCUUACUGCACAUAAGAGAAUUCAUACUGGAGAGAAACCCUACAAAUGUGAAGAAUGUGGCAAAGCUUUUAACCGGCAUGCACACCUUACUAGACAUAAGAGAAUUCAUACAGGGGAGAAACCCCACAUAUGUGAAGAAUGUGGCAAAGGCUUUACCCUAUCCUCAUACCUUACUAGACACAAGAGAAUUCAUACAGGAGAGAAACCCUACAAAUGUAAAGAAUGUGACAAAGCCUUUAAUGUAUUCUCAACCCUUAGUAAACAUAAGAUAAUUCAUACUGGACAGAGACCCUAUAAAUGUGAAGAAUGUGGCAAAGAUUUUAAACAGUCCUCACACCUUACUAAUCAUAAAAUAACUCAUACUGGAGAGAAACCCUACAAAUGUGAAGAAUGUGGCAAAAGCUUUAUCCUAUCCUCAUACCUUACUAGACCUAAGAGUAUUCAUACAGGAGAAAAACUCUACAAAUGUGAUGAAUGUGACAAAGCUUUUAACCAGUACUCAUAUCUUACUAAACAUAAGAAAAUUCGCACUGUAAAGAAACCCUAUGAGUGUCAAAAAUAUGGCAAAGCCUUUAACUAAUCCUCAGUUCUUAAAAGACAUGAGAUAAUUCAUACUGGAGAGAAACUCUACAAAGCAGAAACAUGACAAUGCUUUUGACCACACCUCAAACUUUUCCAACCAUAAAAGAAAUCAUGUUGGUGAGAUUUCAUAAAGGUUAUAACAACAAUACAUUCAACUCUAAAGGAUGUGAUAGAAAUUAAGUAAUACAUAAUGAAAUAUUAUUACUCAUUCAUGAACUGGCAUUUUAAUAGUUAAAUAUUUGUAUUACACAAAAUGAUCUACAGAUAUAAUGCAACCUCUAUGACAUUACCAGUGACAUGCUUCUUAGAAAUUUUUUAAAAGUAUGUCAAAAUUAAAAUAAAUUUAAAUGAUUGAAAACGGAAUAAAAAUUUAUCCUACAGAAACAAUAUUCUUUAACUUAUUUGCAGUUGAAGGCUACUGACACAAAAAAAUCACUAGAGAUAUUCAGCCAUUAUGCUGCUAAAUAGCAUAUUGUUACCAUCUUUUACCUACACCCUUGAGUAAAGUGGAAGAGGAUAGUUUGUGGCAUAAUAACACCUCACUGCAUGUAAAAUACUAUUUAACAUUUUUAAAUGUUCAAUUGCACUAUUAAUUUCACAAUCUAAAAUGUUUUAAAAGUACUGCAUCUGUAUAUAAUUUUACAUAUUUUUAUAAUUUUAUAUAAUUUUGUAAAUUAUAUAAAAUUUUAUAUAACCAGAGGUUCAAAUAUUAUAUUUUAUCAAAUUAUAUACAUAUAUAUUUAGACGGAGUUUCAGCUCUUGUUACCCAGGCUGGAGUGCAAUGGCGCAAUCUCGGCUCACUGCAACCUCCGCCUCCUGGGUUCAGGCAAUUCUCCUGCCUCAGCCUCCUGAGUAGCUGGGAUUACAGGCACGUGCCACCAUGCCCAGCUAAUUUUUUGUAUUUUUAGUAGAGACGGGGUUUCACCAUGUUGACCAGGAUGGUCUCGAUCUCUUGACCUCAUGAUCCACCCGCCUCGGCCUCCCAAAGUGCUGGGAUUACAGGCUUGAGCCACCGUGCCCAGCCAAAUUUUAUAUUUUUAUCAUAAAAUACAUGUUAUAAAAUUUAAUAUUUUAUAAAAUUUUUAUGUAUACAAAUUUAUAUAAUAUAUAAAAGUAGAAUUAGUACAGAAAUACAAUACCAAUUUGAUUUGUAAAAUACUUCAACAUGUUUUCUUCUCAUAAUGCAGAUUAGUCUGAACACCUACCUCUUGUUUCACUCUAUAUUAUAAUCUAACCCCAAAAAGCCUCUCAACUUAGAUUUUCAUUAUGUACCUUACAUUUUACUAUCUUUAGUUUUCUAUAGAAAAGAUCAUAAAUCAUGCCCAACUAAUAAAAAACAAUCUCUUGAUGGAGUCACUGGCUCACACCUGUAAUCCCAGCACUUUGGAAGACCGAGGCAAGCAGAUCGCCUGAGGUCAGGAGUUUGAGAGCAGCCUGACCAACAUGGAGAAACACUGCCUCUACAAAAAAAUUAGCCAAGGAUGAUGGCGCAUGCCUGUAAUCCCAGCUACCUGGAAGGCUGAGGCAGGAGAAUCUCUUGAACUCAGGAAGCACAGGUAGAAAAAAAAAAGUAUUUAAAAGCCAAGCCCAGCCAUGGAUUUGUAUAAUUGUACCAACCUGAGUUGGGUGAAUUUCUCUCCUCUUGAGAAUUCAAGAUAAACCUGGAGCUCCUGAAUUUUUCAGAAAGUGUUAUUUUUUACUUACCACAGGUCAGAAAUCCUGAUAAGUACAAAAUGUCAUAGGACAGGGACUAUGUAGGCAAGAUUUCAGUUUUCCCAAGGGACUAUCAUUGACUCCAUAAAUCAAGUUUGAUUUUUUUAAGAAACAACACCAUGCCAGUCAAAACCUUGGUAAAAUAACCAGUUUCUCCAAUUGUGCCCUGUUACUUAUAAAAACCAGAUUAUUGGCCAGGCGCAGUGGUUCAUGCCUGUAAUCCCAACACUUUGGGAGGCUGAGGUGGGCGGAUCAUUAGUUCAAUAGAUCAAGACCAUCCUGGCCAACAUGGUGAAACUCCAUCUCUACUCAAAAUACAUAAAAUUAGCUGGGCGUGGUGGCACCCACCUCUAGUCCCAGGUACUCAGGAUGCCAAGGCAGGAGGAUUGCUUGAACCCGGAAGGCAGAGGUUUCAGUGAGCUGAUCUCAUGCCAUUGCACUCUAGCCUGUUGACAGAUCGAGACUUCGUCUCAAAAAAAAAAAAAUUAUUUCAAUUUUAUAUUAUUUCAGUAGAUGCAGUUAAUCCUUGUUCUGCUUGAUAUUCAUGAACUUUUCAACUCUCCACAAGUCCUGAAAUUUUUUUCUCUACUCUGAUUUCACAAUCUCCAAAGUUAUCAGAAACUUGCAUUCAAGAGUACCUGUUCGAGUUUUACAGCUGAUUAUAAAACCACCUUCUAAAGAGAACCAAAACAAUACAAUUGUCUAUGAAUGACAAAAAGUUUUAGGACAGCCAUAGUCAAAGACAGAAUUAAGGAAGUUUGUUACCUCUGUGGCACACAAUAACUUAACAUAAAAAUUACAAUGAUUGCUGAUAAUGUAUAUUAAGUCAUAUAAGAGUUAUAAGAGUUCCCCCAGCUGGGUGUGGUGGCUUAUGCCUGUAAUCCCAGCACUUUGGGAGGCCGAGGUGGGAGGAUCACUUGAGGUCCGGAGUUCAAGACCAGCCCGGCCAACAUGGUGAAUGAAACCCCAUCUUUAAAAAAAUAAAAAGCGUUCCCCCAAAUUUUGGAACAUGUACCAAUAAUGUAUUUAUACAAACACAGCCCAAAGAAAAGCAAACACUAUUACAUAUAUGAUGCUUUUUGUAUGUUUUUUUUUUAUAAGAAAUAAGCAUAAUUGCUGGGCGCAGUGGCUCAAGCCUAUAAUCCCAGCACUGUGGGAGGCCAACACAGGUGGAUCACGAGGUCAAGACAUCGAGACCAUCCUGGUCAACAUGGUGAAACCCCGUCUCUACUAAAAAUACAAAAAAUUAGCUGGGCAUGGUGGCGCAUGCCUGUAAUCCCAGCUACUCAGGAGGCUGAGGCAGGAGAAUUGCCUGAACCCAGGAGGCGGAGGUUGUGGUGAGUCGAGAUUGCGCCAUUGCACUCCAGCCUGGGUAACGAGCGAAACGCCAUCUCAAAAAAAAAAAAAAAAAAGAAAAGAAAAGAAAUAAGCAUAAUUAUGUCAUCUUUACACUUUAGGAAACAAUAUUUUAAAGAACUAAUUAGGUGAGAAAUAUAUAACAUAAUUUGAUUUUGGAAAGUUUGAAGGAACUUUGUUUCACAGAAAGACUCUCAGUCAGAUAGCAAAGGUUGAAAACACUUGAUAUUACAGGUCAUUUUUUUUUUUUUUUUAUAAAUAAGACGGGGUUUCACCAUGUUGGUCAGGCUGGUCUUGAACUCCCGACCUCAGGUGAUCCGCCCCCCCCUUGGCCUCCAAAGUGCUUGGAUUACAGGCGUGACCCACUAUGCCCAGCCUACAGGUCAUUUUUAAAUAAGUCAUUUAUUUAACCAAAGUGAUAACUUAAAGAUUUCCAAAGGGGGAAAAAAAAACAUUCUUUGGGAGAGAAGACUUAAUUUGCCAAACAAUAAUCUUUAAUAAAACAGCAUGAAGCUAAUUAAAUUUGUUUUUCAAAAUGUUAUAAACAAUCUAUAAAAUUCUAAUUUUGACCAUAAGAUAUAACUUAUAUAAGCAUUUUAGAACCUUUAUUAAGGAGUCAGUGCUUCAAGAAGACCUCAUUAAUCUUACACAGGAGCCCCCAUUCUGGUCUUGCAUCAGUUAUUACAGUCUUACAUGUCCACCUCUUCUGUGAUAGUCACUGGGCCUUGAGGAGUUUAAUAGCUUUAAUUUUCUCUCAUCUGAUGAGAAGGUGGCUCAUGGUUGGACUAUUUUCAUCUAGGAGUGUACUUCAGGCAAGACCCCACGUAACCUAAAAUAAUCAAAAAGGUUAGACUCUAAAAGAAAUUUAUUUAAGGUCAGAUAUUAAGGAUGGCCAGCAAAUACUAGAUUUAAGUUACCCCGAAUAUAUAUUCCAAGUAGUAACCAUUACAGGCUGGUCUUUGAAACAAGGCAAGGCAGUUUCUAAUUUGUUUGCCAAGAAUUGACAUUAAAAUUCUUGGUAAAUUGAUUUGGUAUUGAUUAGAUAUAUAUUUCUUUUUUUUAAAUUGGAUAUACAUUUCUUUGUUUUACACAUUUUAGGAAAAAAGAAAUGAGUGAGACAUCUAGUCAGAAACAAAAUAUCUUUUCUUUUUUUUGAGACGGAGUUUUGCUCUUGUUACCCAGGCUGGAGUGCAAUGGCACGAUCUCGGCUCACCGCAACCUCCGCCUCCUGGGUUCAGGCAAUUCUCCUGCCUCAGCCUCCUGAGUAGCUGGGAUUACAGGCACGUGCCAUCAUGCCCAGCUAAUUUUUUGUAUUUUUAGUAGAGACGGGGUUUCACCAUGUUGACCAGGAUGGUCUCGAUCUCUUGACCUUGUGAUCCACCUGCCUCGGCCUCCCAAAGGGCUGGGAUUACAGACUUGAGCCACCUCGCUCGGCCAACAAAAUAUCUUUAAACAAUUGCCCCUGGGCACAGAUGUGGAGUGAGAUAGAAGUCUCAUACUCUCAUCUCUAGGCUUGAUAAAUUGAUCAGACUUCAAAGAGCUGAGACUUAUCUGAGCUACUUUUCUCAUCUUUGCCUUGCUCAAAACACAUAAAUCAUUAACAAGAAACAAAUUCAAAUAAAAAUUGUGGACUGGGUAUUGUGGAUGACACCUUUAAUCCCUGCAUUUUGGGAGGCUGAUGUGGGCAGAUCACAAGGUCAGGAGAUGGAGACCAUCCUGGCCAACAUGGCGAAACUCCGUAUCUACUAAAAAUACAAACAUUAGCUGGGCGUGGUGGCGUGCACCUGUAGUCUCAGCUAUGAGGGAGGCUGAGGCAGGAGAAUCACUUGAACCUGGGAGGGGGAGGUUGCAGUGAGCCAAGAUCGUGCUACCAUACUCCAGCCUGGUGAUAGAGUGACUCCAUCUCAAAUAAUAAUAUAUAUAUAUAUAUAUAUAUAUGUAUGUAUAUAUGUAUAUAUAUAUAUUUGCUAAGCAAAAAUAAUACCCGGAGGUACCUCCACAGCCCUGGCUUCUACCUCCUUUUCCACCCUGUGCUUAACUGCCCUUACAGACAUUCAUACUGUAUCACAGAACCAAUAAAACCACUCCACCAGCCACUGAAAGAGGAGCCACAGAAAAACCAAGAACCACAGCCUGACCACCUUGUACUACCCUAGAAUGUACUAACAGCCAUUGUUAGCAUUCAGAAACUGUUUAUUCCUCUCUUCAUACUACUCUAAAGAAUUUUAAACAGGCUGGACACGGUGGCUCAUGCUUGUAAUCGCAGCACUUUGGGAGGCCAAGGCAGGCAGAUCACUUGAGGCCAGGAGUUCGAAACAAGCCUGGCCAACAUGGUGAAACCCUGUUUCUAAUAAAGAUAGAAAAAAAAAUUAGCCAGGCCAGGCCGGGUGCGGUGGCUCAAGCCUGUAAUCCCAGCACUUUGGGAGGCCGAGGCGGGUGGAUCACGAGGUUAAGAGAUCGAGACCAUCCAGGUCAACAUGGUGAAACCCCGUCUCUAUAAAAAAAAAAAAAAAAUUAGCCAGGCCUGAUGGCAGGCACCUGUAAUCCCAGCUACUUGGAAGGCUAAGACAAGGGAAUCACUUGAACCCAGGAGGCAGAGGUUACAGUCAGCGGAGAUUGUGCCACUGCAUUCCAGUCUGGGUGAUAAAAAUAAAACUCCAUCUUGAAAAAAGAAAAAGAAUUUUAAACAGUCACAGUCUAGACUGGCUGGAAGCUGCUGCUUGGUAUAUCUCACAACUCCCAAAAGCUUAGUGCUACUGUCUCAGGUACACCCCAGCCUACCCGAUAUCAAAAUAAAACACUUGUUAUUUAAAAAAAAAUAAUAAAGUCCUGGCCAUUCGCGGUGGCUCACUCCUGUAAUCUGAGCACUUUGGGAGGCCGAGGUGGGCGGAUCACCUGAGGUCGGGAGUUCGAGCCCAACAUAAAGAAACCCCGUUUCUACUAAAAAUACAAAAUUGGCCAGUCAUGGUGAUGCAUGCCUAUAAUCCCAGCUACUCGGGAGGCUUAGGCAGGAGAAUCACUUGAACCUCAGGAGGCAGAGGUUGCAGUGAGCUGAGAUCACGACGUUGCACUCCAACCUGGGCAACAAAAGCAAAACUCCAUCUCAAAAAAACAAAAACAAGAGUACCUGUAAUGGUGGUGCUUCAAUCAGGGAUUCACUAGCUAGUAGGACCUUGACUGUGUAACCCAAAAGGUAUAUGAGACAGGUCUUGAUUAAUACUGAAAGUUUAUUCUGCCAAUGUAAAGGAUAGGCAUGUGACACAGUCCCAGGAGGUCCUGAAGACAUGUGCCCAAGGUUACUUUUAUACAUCUUAGGCAGACAUGAGACAUCAAUCAAUAUGUGUAAGAUGAAUGUUGGUUUGAUCCAGUAAGCAGGACAACUAGAGGUGGGGGCUUUCAGGUUAUAAGUAGGUAAGAGCCAAAAGGUUUCAUUCUUUUGAGCCUUUGAUUAGCCUUCCACUGAAUACAGAAUGUACUUUGGCCCAGUGAAUCUGCAUUCUUACAUUAACAAUAGGGUAAAAAAGCUAUCAGAUCUGCAUUUGUCUUAGGUGAGCCUCAGAAGGAUGAUUUUGAGUUCUGUCUGUUCUUUGUUCACAAGAAAUUUCUUGGCAAGCAAAUUGUGAGAAAGGUAUAUACAAUUUUUUUUUUCAUUUUGUUGUGUUUUUGAGACGGAGUAUUACUCUUUUGAGACGGAGUAUUACUCUGUUGCUCAGGCUGGAGUGCAUUGGAGUAAUCUCAGCUCACUGCAACCUCCACCAAGCGAUUCCUGAGUAUACUCAAGUAUAUUUAAGAAUCAAGAUUCUCCUGUGUCAGACUCCCAAGUAGAUGGGACUACAGGCAUGUGCCACCAUGCCCAGCUAAUUUUUUAGUACUUUUAGUAGAGAUGGGAUUUCACUGUGUUGGUCAGGCUGGUCUCAAAUUCCAGAACUCAAAUGAUCCACCCACCUCAGCCUCUGAAAGUGCUGCGAUUACAGGUGUGAGCCACCAUGCCUGGAAGUAUGUAGUUUUUUAUAUUUGCAGCUAUCUUAUUUAGAAAUAAAAUGGGAGACAGGCUUGCGUGACAAUUUCCACCUUGACUUUUCCAUUGGCUUAGUGAUUUUGGGGUCCUGAGAUUUCUUUUUCUUUCACAGAUAAGUAUUCAUAACAACAAAUAUAUGUUAGGCCAUGCUUGGUUGCUCACACGUGUAAUCCCUGUGCUUUGGGAGGCCGAGGUGGGUGGAUCACCUAAGGUGAGGAGUAAUCCCAGCUACUUAGAAAAUUGAGGCAGGAGAAUUGCUUGAACCCAGGAAGCAGAGGUUGCAGAGAACUGAAAUCACGCCAUUGUACUCCAACCUGGGAAACAGAGCAAGGCUCCAUCUCAGAACACAAAACGAAACAAAACAAAUACAGAUUAAUAGAAAAUGCAUAAACACAAUUUACGCUACAUCUUUUAAAAUAGUCCAUCCUUCAAGGCGCUGUGGCUCACGCCUGUAAUCCAAGCAAUUUGGGAGGCUGAGUUGGGAGAAUCACAAGGUCAGGAGUUUGAGACCAGCUGGCCAAUAUGGUAAAACCCUGUCCCUACUGAAAAUACAAAAUUAGCCAGCAUGGUGGUGUGUGCUUAUGGUCCCAGCUACUGAGGAGGCUGAAGCAGAAGAAUCACUUGAACCCAGAAGGCCAGCCCUAGUGUCCAGGAGGAUGUCCACUUUUCUCCCUUCGAUUUCCAGAAUCACCCAAAGCUUGGUUGAUAAUGGUUGUCUGGACUACCAGAGCCAGGGAGAGGAGCCCUGAGGCCUGUCAGUCCUGCUGAGUCAUUUGGGAGAUUAGCCUUGUACCUUGUGACCAGCAUCCCCAGGACAGUCCUCAUUCCAGUGGUUUCCAAUGCAGAUUGGACAGGAUCAACGUGGCUUCCUCAUGCUGCCUGGGCCAUCCUUCCUAUAAAGCCCUGGCUUACCACAUGUAGAGCAGUUAACAGGUGCACCUCAAGGAUUCUGGAGUUUGUGGGCUUGUAUGGUAAGACUAAAGCCUCUGCCUUUUCUUGUGUUUCCUGCCUCUCUCCUGGGCCUUCCUAUCUCGGUUAUAAAAGGCUGAGGUGACCACUUUCAGGAGGUUCUCAAGAGUACUAUUUGGUCCCCAGGGCCUGUUUCUGCAGCUUUCUAUGAAGGGCUGCCUCAGCAAUAAAUUUAUUUUUUUGAGACAGAGUUUCGCUGUUGUUACCCAGACUGGAGUGCAAUGGCACGAUCUCGGCUCACCGCAACCUCCACCUCCUGGGUUCAAGUAAUUCUCCUGCCUCAGCCUCCUGAGUAGCUGGGACUGCAGGUGCGCACCAUCAUGCCCAGCUAAUUUUUGUAUUUUUAGUAGAGACGGGGUUUCACCUUGUUGACCAGGAUGGUCUCGAUCUCUUGACCUCGUGAUCCACCCGCCUCGGCCUCCCAAAGUGCUGAGAUUAUAGGCGUGAGCCACCGCACCCAGCCUAAAUUUAUUUUAAUUUAUUUUAUUUAUUUAUUUAUUUAUUUUUGAGACAGAGUUUCAUUCUUGUUACCCAGGCUGGAGUGCAAUGGCGCAAUCUCGGCUCACCGCAACCUCCGCCUCCUGGGUUCAGGCAAUUCUCCUGCCUCAGCAUCCUGAGUAGCUGGGAUUACAGGCACGCGCCACCGUGCCCAGCUAAGUUUUUGUAUUUUUAGUAGAGACGGGGUUUCACCAUGUUGACCAGGAAGGUCUCGAUCUCUUGACCUCGUGAUCCACCCGCCUCGGCCUUCCAAAGUGCUGGAAUUACAGGCUUGAGCCACCGCGCCCAGCCCCUACAUUUAUUUUUUAAAACUAGUUGUCAUUUGAUUGGUUCAGAAGAUAGAAAGGACUCUUUAUUUAUUUAUUUUUUUUUGAGACGGAGUUUCGCUCUUAUUACCCAGGCUGGAGUGCAAUGGCGCGAUCUCGGCUCACUGCAACUUCCGCCUCCUGGAUUCAGGCAAUUCUCCUGCCUCAGCCUCCUGAGUAGCUGGGAAUACAGGCACGCGCCACCAUGCCCAGCUAAUUUUUGUAUGUUUAGUAGAGACGGGGUUUCGCCAUGUUGACCAGGAUGGUCUCGAUCUCUUGACCUCGUGAUCCACCCGCCUCGACCUCCCAAAGUGCUGGGAUUACAGGCUUGAGCCACCGCGCCCGGCCAGAAAGGACUCUUUUAAGUCGAGUUUGCAGUGAGCCAAGAUAACAUCACUGCACUCCUGCCCGGACGACAGAUGAAGAUGCCAUUUCAAAAAAAUAAUAAAGGAAAAUAAACUACAGGCUGGGUGUGGUGGCUCACAUCUGCAAUCCCAGCAUUUUGGGAGGCUGAAGCAGGCAGAUCACCUGAGUUCAGGAGUUUCAGACCAGCCUGACCAACAUGGAGAAACCCCAUCUCUACUAAAAAUACAAAAAAUAUUAGCUGGGUGUGGUGGUGGGUGCCUGUAAUCCCAGCUACUCUGGAGGAGGCUGAGGCAGAUAAUUGCUUGAACUCAGGAGGUGGAUAUUGCAUUGAGCCGAGAUCGCACCACUGCACUCCAGCCUGGUUGACACAGUGAGACUGUCACCCCAAAAAACAGAAAUACUAAAGACAGUUCCAGAACUCAAGACUAAAAAACGACCAGAGUGUGCCUGAGCACACAUGGCCCCAUCAAGUUUCCAAAGGAAAACCUCAAUUCAAAGAUGUCCUGGUAAGGCAUAUUUGUGCCUAUGGAAAAUAAAAGAAAAAAAAGCAGGAAGAUUUUUGACAGUGGAAUUUAAAGGGACUAUUUUUUACUUUUCUCUCAUGUAAAGUAUUUACAAACAGAAAUCAAGUUUUUUUUUUUUUUUUUUUGAGACAGAGUUUCGCUGUUGUUACCCAGGCUGGAGUGCAAUGGCAUGAUCUUGGCUCACCGCAACCUCCGCCUCCUGGGUUCAAGCAAUUCUCCUGCCUCAGCCUCCCGAGCAGCUGGGACUACAGGCACGCACCACCAUGCCCAGCUAAUUUUUGUAUUUUUAGUAGAGACGGGGUUUCACCUUGUUGACCAAGAUGGUCUCGAUCUCUUGACCUCAUGAUCCACCUGCCUUGGCCUCCCAAAGUGCUGGGAUUAUAGGCAUAAGCCACAGCACCUGGUGAAAUCAAGUAUUUUUAAAAGUGUCAUCCAUUGCUCUGUGAAAAGUUGAUUAAUUAAAAUACUGUUUCUGAAAGGUACAAUAAAGGACAAAAACAGUUGAUAGUGUUGUGAAUUGAAGGGGAGAAGUUGGCUUCGGGGAAUGCUGGAAAGAAAUUGGGAAUUUAAGAUUUUAUUGCAGCUGGGCACAGUGGCUCACGACUGUAAUCCCAGCACUUUGGAAGGCCGAGGCGGCCAGAUCACAAGGUCAGGAGAUUGAGACCAUCCUGGCUAACAAGGUGAAACUCCAUCUCUAAUGAAAAUACAAAAAACAAGCCAGGGGUGGUGGCACACACCUGUAGUCCCAGCUACUCAGGAGUCUGAGGCAUGAGAAUCACUUGAAUCUGGGGGGCAGAGGUUGCAGUGAGCUGAGAUUGCGCUAAUCCACCCCAGCUUGGGUGACAGAGAAAGACUGGGUCUCAAAAAAAGAUAAAAAAAAAUAGAUUUUACUAGAAGCCUGGCAAAUCCUGGCAAGACAGAACAGAACAGAGAGUGGAUUUGAUACCCUGUUUGCCACACAUUUGGAAAAUGCAGGGGGACACCAGUGCCUCUGAUUAAUGUUAAAAUAAUUAAAUAGCAGGUAAUUCCACUGAAGUGACGCUGGUGGUCUAGGUUCCUAUACAAUAGCAACAAUAAAAUUUAGCUCAAAUGUCUUUUUUGUAAGUUACCACCUUAAGAGAAGGCAAAAUUCAGGCUUAAUCAACCAUAAAACUCCAAUUAAUCUGAUUACAUAUCAAAAAAUGUUCUCCUGGACAGGGCAAAGGAAGUAACUACCUGACUGUACACGACCACUUAUUUAAUUUGCUUUGCUUCCUCACAUGCCCUAUGGCAGCCUUUUCUUCAAGACCCUCUGGUAGCCCCAAAAUCACAGUCAGUCAGUCGUGGUGGCUCUCGCUUGUAAUCCCCACACUUUUGAGAGGCUGAAGUGGCGGAUCAGCUGGGGUUCGGUGUUCGAGACCAGCCUAACCAACAUGGAGAAACACAGUCUCUACUAAGAAUACAAAAUUAGCCGGCAUGCUGGUGCAGGUCUGUAAUCACAGCUACUCCAGCGGGUGAGGCUGAAGAAUCACUUGAACCCCGGAGGCGAAGGUUGCGGUGAGCCGAGAUCACACCAUUGCAGUCCAGCCUGGGCAACAAGAGCGAAACUGCCUCUCAAAACAAAACCAAACAAACCCAUAAACCAUUUCCAGGAAGUGUCCCAUUGGUUAAUCACUGUUUGUACAUAUUAUGACUUUUUUUUUUUUUUUUUUUUCUGAGACGGCGUAUUGCUAUCAAGCAGGCUGGAGCACAGUGGCGCGAUCUUGGCUCACCGCAGCCUCUGCCCCACGGGUUCAAGCGAUUCUUCUGCCCUAGUAACCCAAGUAGCUGAGAUUACAGAAGUGGGCCACCACGUCCGGCUAAUUUUCUUUUUUUUGGUAUUUUUAGUGGAGACGAGGUUUCUCCACGUUGGUCAGGCUGGUCUGAAACUCCUGACCUCAGGCAAAUCCGCCCGCCUCGGCCUCCCAAAAUGCUGGGAUUACAGGUGUGAGCCACCGCGCCCCGUCAAUGUUUGUAUUUUUAGUAGAGACGCGGUUUCACCACGUUGGUCAGGCUGGUCUUGAACUCCUGACCUCGUGAUACACCCCUCUCGGUCUCCCUAAAUGCUGUGAUUACAGGAGUGAACCACGGUGCAUGCCCAUACUAAUUCUUUAAUGUUUUAAUGUUGCUUCAGUUUAUUUCCGAACAGGGUAAAGUAAGGACUGGGGACCCCACAGACCACAGCUUGUUCUACGCAGGAGCCCUGCACACCCAGUCAGCGUCUUUCCCUGGUGACCUUCCCCUCAUCACCUCACAACCUGGGGAAGAUGCGGGGCUGCGGGUGCAGUGCUGCGCAGAGAGCACCACAGGAUGGGGCUAAAGCCGCUGUGCUGAAACGGGACAGGACGCCCAGGUCCCUGCAUCAGAGGAGACGGGACUGAGCUACGGGGAACGGGCUCACAGACUCCGUCCCGCCACCGCCAUUUACAGCCGGUUCCGAAGAGGUCUCCCCAGUCUCUGGACGACGCCCUGCCCCGCACGCUCACCAUUGCUGGGCUUCAGGAAUGUCCUGGAGUCCAUGAAUCUUCAAACACCGUCAAGUCACAGAGCGAUGGAGGCUGAGGCUGUGGCAGAAUCACCGAGACCUCCGAGAAAGAGGACACAGGGUAGUAAAGAACCAACCCGGAGUUCUGACUGAAGCAAGAAACAAAGGCCCCGCCAGGUACUGGGAGCCGCCCCUUGCUAUCUGACUGUGAACCUGAUUGGACAGUUUCCUCCCCAGCGCCCUGAAUGGAUACAGCUCCAGAAUCCGCACCCUCAGGCCUUGAGUGACAGAAGAUGGGACCAGACAUUGCACUGACUAAGGCGUUGGAGCGUCUUGGCUCACUGCAACCUCCUACUCCCAGGUUCAAGCAAUUUUCUGCCACAGACUCCGGAGUAGCUGGGAUUACAGCAGUCGGAGCUCCAGGUCCCCUCUUCACUCCUCUGGUUCUUCGCUCCUAGAAGCCCAGCCUCUGUGGCCCCGUGACCAGCAGGCGUUGGGAGAUCCACAGCUAAGACUCCGGGACUCCCUGGAAGCCUAGAAAUGGCUGGAGAGCAGUGGAUCCAGCUGAGAUCCCAGCCUCUGCCUCCCAGGGAGUGUUGACAUUUAGGGAUGUGGCCAUAGAAUUCUCUCUGGAGGAGUGGCAAUACCUGGAUGCUGCACAGCAAGAUUUGUAUAGACAAGUGAUGUUAGAGAACUACAGGAACCUGACUUUCUUAGGUAUUGCUGUCUCUAAGGCAGAUCUGAUCACCUUUCUGGAGCAAGGAAAAGAUCUCUGGAAUAUGAAGAGACACAGUAUCGUAGCCAAACCCCCAGACGGAGUCUUGCUCUGUCGCCAGGCUGGAGCGCAGUGGCGCAGUCUCAGCUCACUACAACCUCCGCCUCCCGGGUUCAAGCGAUUCUUCUGCCUUAGCCUCCUGAGUAGGGGGACUACAGGUUUUCAUGUCAAGAUGGUUCUGGCAUCACAGAAUCAGUUGGGGGAGGAGUGGAGUCCCUUCUCUUCAGUUUUUUGGAAUAAUUUCAGUAGGAACAGUACCAGCUCUUCUUUGUACAUCUGGGAGAAUUCAGCUGUGAAUUCAUCUAGUCCAGGACUUUUAUUGAUUGGCAGGCUAUUUAUUACUGCCUCAAUUUUCUAACUCAUUAUUGUUCUGUUCAGGGAUUCAGUUUCCUCCUGGUUCAGUCUUGACAGUGUGUAUGCUUCCAGGAGUGUAUUCAUUUCUUCUAGAUUUCCUAGUUUCUGUGCAUCGAGUUUUCAUAAUAUUUUCUGAUUGUUGUCUUUAUUUCUCUGGGGUCAGUGGUAAUAUCCCCCUUAUUGUUCCUGAUUGUGUUUAUUUGAAUCUUCUUCCCUUUCUUCUUUGU